AUUUUACUAGCCCAUCUUCUCAAAGUGGAUACUGCAGGAAGAGGAUAACCCCUUUUUCUGAGUAAGCGGUAUGACCUGGGACCACCUGCAUAUAAGGAAAUAGCUGAAGCUACAUCUCCAACACUCCACUGGAUUUCCUUGGUUGAUUUCAGCUUACGAAGUUGCCCUUCAGUGAAAACUUUUGAAAUUUUUUCCUUUUCUUCCAUUUCUCUUUGAAGUAACUGCUUCAAUUUUGCAAUUUCAACUUCAAGACUUGUGAUGUGUUGAUCAACAUCACAUUUACUAAAAUAAAAUAGAUAUUUAGAUGAUUGUAUAUAUGAGGAGCAGACUUUCAAAAAGCGUUAUGCUAUGACCCGCAUAAAUUGAGGAAAGUGGAAAAAACUGCUGUGACAACAUGCGUAGCUGCAAAUGCUUGAUUUUGCUGAAUCAAAUACCACGAAAAUAGAUAGGCUUUGAUGGUGAAGGAGGAUUACCUGGAAAACAAGGAAAUUCCAUUUUUUGACCAAAAGUAGAUUCUAUUUGAUGCACUUUGUUUGUCCGAAGGUGAAAUAAGUCCUUCUGUUUGGGAAACGGUAACUAAAGUCAAAAUACCUUUAUUCCAUUUACCGAUGAAUACAAUCUUAUAAAAAAUAGGCUUAGAGAAAAAUAUUCAAACUUUCACUCCACCAUCAUCCUCGAUGCAGUUACAUAUUUCUUGGGCAUUAUCUUCAUCAUUGUCUUCAUCACUAUUCUCUUGUAGCUCUACAAGGGGCUCUGGAAAAAUCGGACGAAGCCAUUGCAAUUCCUCAUCCUCACGCCAUCUUUCUGUGGAUAGCUGCACCAAAAGGUUAUGCAGACUUUUCAACUUUGUCCUUUUUAUUUCAUGAUUCAAAGGCAACCUUGGAAAACUCAAGUUUUCAAUCUUCUUGUUUUUUUUUAACAACGUCAAGUACUUGGCGUUGGCAGCGUCAUUUCUGUAAAAGGUUUCUGUUUUCACCGCUCGAUUGAUUCGAUUUUCUUAAAAGUGGACAAAGCGGAUUUCAGGUCAUAUAUUUUCCAGUCAGUCCCAAGCUUUCGAACCAAUCCGACUUGAGAAUACAACUCCCAGUAUUUUUCUGGUGACUUUAGUGUGCUAUGGGACCUAAUAAGCUUCUCACAUCGUCCAAAAAUGCGAUCCGCUUGGAAAAACCAUUCUUAUAGAUUGAAGGCCUUUUGGUGCUUCUUUAUGUAGCCACAUCAUUAGCAUGUGAACUAUGUGACUGUUCUUGUUUUGGCCUCCACAUCCAUCAGAGAACAACGUCAAUUCUUUCAAGUUUUUUGGAAAUUCAACCUUUCUGAGAAAAUCGUAAAGAGCAGAACCAACUUCUGUGGCACCCCUUCCUGCUUGGUGUUCUAACCAUGAGUAGAAAAUUGGUCGCUUGCAAGGUAUGUCUGUGAUACAGAAAACAUACAAGGAGAGUUGCUGUGCAUAGAAUGCCUCUGAAAUCGGUACUUUAGGGAGAGGUUGUACCUGCUGAAGAUCGAAGCAGAAUGCCAUGCCGUCUUCAGAUUUUUCCUUCAUCAUUUUAAAAAACUGCUUUGCUCGUAACUUAUGUACUCUUAAAUUUGUAAUAACAGUUUGCUUUUCGCGUUGGCCGUUCACCAUAGAGAGCAGAUUUAGGUGCCGCGUACAGAAUCCACAAACAUCAUCAAUCCUAUGUUAAAGUCAUUCGAAAAAAGGCGACUAAAGUACUUGUAAUUUACUUUAUAGCUUUCUUCAACGCUAUCAUUGUAUAGCCUAUGUAGUAUGGUGAUAUUGUACUCUGCAGAUAAAUAUAUCCUUUUAGAUUUCGCUAUUCCGUAGUGACUCUCUUGCCCCUUUAAAUUUGCGAUGAAUGCUUUCACUUUUUUGCGCUUUUCCACAUUUUUCUGCGAACGUCUGUCACCACCACGAUUUUCAGAAAUACCCGAUCCAGCUUUCAUUUGCCUAGAAAUAUUUUGUAUGCGUUUCUGACUAAUACCAAAAAUUUUUAAAAACAUUUUCUGACAAAUUCUUUUCUUGCUGGAGCUCCACACAUUGUAAUGCACAGUAAUGUUGCGGUUUCUAGUAAAGCUUUGGUCUGAACGUUUCUUUCUCCUAGGAGUUCCAAUUUCAAUUAAAUGAGACAUGAGACAGUUUCGUAUCUUGCUUAACCUUGUCUUUUUGUGAAUAAAACUUUUGUCGGCAUCGCCUUAGAUCUUCGAAAGGAAUAUCCUUAGAUGAAAGUUUUUUUAUUUCUGCCAUGCUUACAGGAGACUUCGAAACCAUCAAGGUUGGGAUCAGGUCAUCGUAUCUAGAAAUAAAACCGCAAACUAUGAGAAAAUCCCCCAAAUAACAUAAUUUACUAUAUCUACCGUAUUUCUUUCUGCUGCUGCCGUGAUGUUGCACCCCAUUUUCGUUUUCUACUGCCUCUGUCUUGAUCACCAACAAUAUGCUCUUCAUCCAUAAUAGUGAUCCGACCGAUCUAACCCACUCGAUAUCACUAUGCUAACUGAAGCAAGUUACGACAGGAAUACAAUCUUGAGACACGUGUCCAAACAAAAGGGUUUACUUGCUGCUCAUCCAAAUAUACUGGACAAACAAAAAACGUUCAUGCACUAACUAGCUUAUUAAAGUCUAUUUGUUUGUCCAACGCAGAAAAAAAUAACGCUCUUUGAAAGUCUAGACGUAUUAACGGGCGUUAUAUUUAUCGUUUAACAUCGUUUUGGAUGUCCAAGGAGCGGUUGACAAAUGGAGAUGAACCUAUACAUUUGAUCGCCAUCUUUUGGCCAAUUUCGUAAAAACUGCACUUAAUGCUUUUUGAAAGUCUGCUCCUCAUAUAUUCUCAUGAUUAUAUUAUUUAUUAUAUAAUUUAUUCAUUUUUUACCUUGUUUGAGUGGAUACAGUUAUAUUUUUCUCAGGAAUGUUCUCUUUGUCUCCCUCACUUUCACUUUGUACUUCUGCCAUUUCUACCUCUAGUUGUUGAUCGAUUGAUUGUACAAGCUCCCUAUUCAACCUUUGUCUUAUUCUCCUAGUGCGAGGAGUCUCAGCCUUUGGUGAUUUGAUCAAAUGAACAGAGGGUAUUGCAUCGCUUUUCAACUUCCAUUUAUUUUCAGGUAAACCCAACAGUUUCUCCUUUAGACGAUAAUCGCUUUCCACAAAAUGGUUCGAACAAAUUCUUGCAGUUUCAGUAUUGAAUGUGUGUUGCUGAUAACACUUCAGAACCCAUUCUUUGUGAACUUGUUUGUGUUUAGGAAAGCGGAAGAAACUGCAGGUUGAAAAGUAUCUGCUUUUCUUUUUGUUGUUGUUUUUACAACCCACCACUGCACAGUACACCAUAGUUCAAUGUUAGAUUAACUGUUUUUCACAAAAUUUUAGCCACACCAGCAGAUCACAAACUAAUUAAACAAAGCAUAAACAUUAAACAAGCUAAAGUGCCAUAUAAAACUGAACUUCCCAGGGGAUUUGGGUCUCCGAGUGACGUCACGUGUGCGAGAGAGAUAACCUGAUCGCAUGCGCGUGGGUUUAUCUUCUCAGUCAUAGUAUCAUGCCUACACCCUGUUAUCUACCAAACCCUCGUCCAGGAAGAAUACAAAGUAACCAGCCAAGUUCAGACCUAUGCUUGGCCUGCUUUGCUUUGUAACCAACACGUGUUCAUGGUAAAUGGGCCUCAGACCGGCAAGACGAUGGCCUAUUUAACGACCAUGUGCUCAUUUCUGGUAGAAAAAGAUGAGCGGUACAGUUUCACCAAGAAAUUGAGUGGUGCGCCAAUUAUAGUGAUAUUGUGUUCGAAUACUAAACGCUAUCGAGAUGUCAACGAUAGAGCGUGGUUCAUAAUGGGCAGAAAUAAGGCUAGGAUCGCACUUGUAGAGUAUCCCGUCUCUAAUGUUAACACUACACAUAUUGACAUGCUGAUAACAAUACCUACAAUAUUUGUGGAUCUACUCAAGAAAAGGUCGAUCACUCUGAAUGGGCUGUGCCAUCUAGUGUUUGAAGAUGGUGAUAACAUUUUAAAUCACUACUAUCCUCUAAUUGAUAUGAUUCUAGAAAAGACACAUAAAAUGCUGAAGAACAGACACCACUCCAAGUCACUACAACUCAUUCUGUGUGCCGAACAUUGGACCAAAAAGAUAACUUGUGUUUUACAAAAGUUAGCUGCUAUUCCAGUGGUGUGUAUUGCCAACUACCUUGAAGCUGCUAUGUAUGGGAAAAUACAAUUCUCUAUGAGGUUUAUGAGAUCUUCAGCUAAACUGGAAAUGAUGAAACGGUUAUUAAAAGAUACUUACAAAUUUACAAAAUCGGUGAUAAUAUGUAACAACGCCGAACUAGACGUACUUGAGGCAACGUUGAUUAUGAGUGGCAUAGAUGUUGCCGUUAUAUCUGAAAAACUAACUGUUGACGAAUCGCAUCUUAUAGAAGAAAACUGGACAAAAGCGCCAGUAGAGAAUUACACUGAGCUAAACGUGACGUCUGCCACAAUGUUGAUUCACUAUUCACUGCCCUCUUCUUGGACAAAAUUCACAAUUCGUUUCACCUGCUUACUGGAAAGCUACAGGAGUCCUUUGGAUCAGAGAGAGUCAAAGAUCACAACUCAAAGCAUAGUCUUAUUGGAUGAGAAUUGCCAGGAAGAGUUACCGAAGUUCUUCAAGUAUAUAAAGACCACCGAUUUGAAACAUUAUUUGUGUGAUGCACUUAAGCAAUAUACAGAGAUGCUGAUAUUUAUUUAGCAAAUUUGAUUCCUCCAUACGACGAUGAAGGUUUCUCUAACAAAGCUCUGCAUAUCCUAAACAACACCCUGGAAAAGCAUGAUUACAAGAAUAUUGUAAUGACUGGCUAUAUUCACCUUCAACUUUCAAAUACGCUAUGGUUGGCAAAUGUAGAAGAGGAAGUAGUGCUUUCGGAUAAAGUCCUGACAGGUUUCCAGUUGACCAGGGAGAUAUUGCAGAAGCAAUUGGCCGUUGCAGAUCUGAACCAGCUUGAUCGUUUGUAUAAGUUGUGUGCCGAAGCGGGUUUUGCCUUGCCAAAAUACGAAGUAGAAUCUGUUAGAAAGACGAAGGAGGAAAAAAUUAUACCACAUUGGGCCCAUUUGGAGAUAGAGACCGUUCAGGAGGUCAUUUGUUCGUCAGCUAUUUCUCCGGGCGAGAUAUAUGUCCGAUUGAACAAAUACAGUGAUUUAUUAUAUACCUUGGAAAAGGAUAUCCAACAGGCUAUAAAGAAACCCCAUUAUCCCAGGCUGUCAAAAAUCAAACCAGGCACUAUCUGUUUAGCAAAAGAUCCAGAAAGUGAAGAUUAUUCCAGAUGCAUCAUUCUAAAGAAUGAUGAAGAAAAGGCCUUGUGCUUCUUUGUAGACUUCGGUGAUGAAGCUGUCGUCCCAACUACAGACCUGAAAUACCUCAGUAAAGAAUUUAUAACAAAAUUGCCAUUCCAAAGCAUCCCGUGCAAACUGUUUGGUAUCAAACCAGUCUUGGAAGAAUGGUCUAGUGAGCUGACAGACUUAUUGUAUGAAUACGCUACCGAACCUCAAACUGAUAUAUUCAGAUCACUUUACGUCAAGAUUUGCGGCAAAGAAAGAAUAGCAAUCUCGGACUACUGUCAAAACAGAUACACUGUUUUAUUGAAAGAUGGUUUUGGAAAUAAGAAGCCUUUGAUAAACGAACAAUUUAUCGAUUGUGGUUUGGCUUUGCCUACUGAAGAUAAGCUCGAAGACUUUGAGAUACCCGAGAGUUACGGACAGACUGAGGAAAGUGACGAUGAUGUUGAAAUAGCGUUGGAUAUAUUGAAGAAGACAGACGAGGCGCGAGAAAACUUCCAUCCAAAUAAAGAAUUCCAACAGGAAGAUAUUAAUGAAGAAAUGGAACUAUUCCUGGAAGACGAUGACUUGAUUGACUUCGUAGAUCGGGUGGUGAACUUUUAUCGAAAAGAAGACCCCGGAAGUAUUUUGGUACCAGACGGACACAGCUGUCAAACUCAGCGUCAAAGUGACAGACGUCAAAGAUUACAAAGUCACGCUGACAAAAGGCAGGAUACUUUUGUUCAAAACUCAGAAAGGCAAGAACGAGUAUUGUUUGAAGUUGAUGUUGUAUAAUCAUAUAGGAUCGUUGCACCAUACUUCAGCUGGGCUAGAUGUCCGGAUAACAUUGAUCAAGAAGAAUCUGAUUGAAUGGCCUAGGUUGAUCCUGGCAAAACAGAAGGCAAGGAAUAUACAUUAUGACUUGUCUAUGUUGCAAGUGAAGGAGGAGAAAAAGAAAAUUCUAGAGCUACCAAAGGAACUGGUCGAAGCCGACUCCGAUUCUGAUGAUGAACUUGACAUGUGCUAUGAGGUUUAUUCUGACAUGGACAGUGAUUUCGACCAAGAAGUUGCUCAAGAUUCAGAUUAAGUAUAAGCAAGUGUACUUAGAUGUGUCUUUCUGAAUGCAGUUUUUUUUGUAACGUAUGCAUGUGAGACUUUGUUAUGAACAUUUGACUAUUUUUUAAGUAUAUAGGUGCAUACAGUAAAUAUGAAGUUUUUGAUGAAUCGUGAAUCCGUAUCUGCUCUGUUUAUAUAUUUUUACUAGCAAAACAAUGCUAGUAGCUUUACUGCUAUUACAACUAUGUUAUAGAUAAUUGUGAAGUUCCAAAUUAUGAGAUACUUUUAAAUAAUGAAACUGUAUAGUGGUUAUGUUUUAAUGAC